GCUGCUAUGUUUGUGAAACUGAAAUUACACAUUUCACCUAAUCUCAUCCUCUCACAACCAUAAUAAAAACCCUCACUAUCCUCUCUUUGCACAUCAAGCAUUUGAACAGGUAGUAUUGGCAUAUUUCUAUUAGCAAUUCUGCAUAGCAACAAUACAUCCCAAAAACCACACAAAGAUGAAGCAACAAAUUUCCCUCUUCUCAUUUUCACUUGUCCUUCUCUUCCUCCACUGCACCCAAACUCUAUCCCAGUCUCCUACUUCAGCACCAGCAAAAGCACCUACUGCAGCCUCUGCACCUCCACCAGCUGCAACCUCGUCUGCACAGGCCUCGCCGCCCGUUAUGGUUCCUGUACAAGUUUCGAAAGGUCCUGUCAAUGUCAUUAAAAUCCUUCAGAAGGCUGGCGGCUUUGCGGUCUUUAUCCGCCUUAUAAAAUCCACUCAAGAGGACAUCCAAGUAUUCUCCCAGCUCAAUGACUCGAGAGAUGGCGUCACCAUCUUUGCCCCAACCGAUGGGGCCUUUUCAGCCAUUAUCAAAUCAGGUGUUCUUAACUCCCUAAGUGAUCAUCAGAAGAUUGAGUUGGUGCAGUUUCAUAUUAUACCAAGAAUUCUUACAACUGCCAAUUUUCAAACUGUCAGUAACCCUAUAACGACACUGGCAGGAUCUGGUAGUCGUUUCGCUCUUAAUGUGAUAACCACAGAAAAUAUGGUCAAUGUAACUUCAGGACUUACCAAUACAAGCGUAUCGGCAAUUGUAUACACUGAUAGCCAGCUUGCUAUCUAUCAGGUCGACAAGGUGCUACUUCCUUUGGAUAUUUUUGCCCCUAAACCUCUUGCUCCUGCUCCAGCACCACCAAAGCCUAAAAAGGAUGAUGGCGCAGAGAGUCCUCUGGUUCCUGAGGAUACUUCCAGUGCUGUAAGCUGCAUCCCGCUUAACUCCCUGAUCAUCUUUGGAGCUGGUAUGGUUGCUGCAGUUUUUACUUUGUGACCAUGAAGUUGAGGACAAGGUAUCUUGCGAUGAGGUCACUUCUUCACCAAGGUUCAUGAUUUUGCUCGAUAGAAUGAACUGUGAUGUUCACGAGGUUGUGCUUUGAAUAAAUGUCUUCUUCUCUCAAAUUUGUUUGUGUUUUUUCAAGUUUGUGAAGAACCUUCCAUUUAACUAUGGUUUUUCAUUGUUUAUUCAUCAUUUUUUUCUUCUUUUUCCCCUUCUUUUGUGUGUUAUUUGGGAUGAUAAUUUAUAUUAGAAAAAUAAAUUCUACGCUUAUUGUGCUUUA